AUGUCUGACAAUCUUCGCAAAGGUCUCGGUGACCAGGUCUCAGAGAAGGCUACUCCUCAAUCACAAAAGUCAUACACCCAAGUAGCAGGCGAGAACCUUAGUGGCGCCGCCGACAAGGUUGCUGGAGCCGUUCAGCCAGAGGGAGAUAAAUCAACCACCCAAAAGCUCGGUGACAGCACCCGCUCAGGCGCCGAUAAGGGACAGAACCAGGGAAGUGGACUGCUCGACCAGGCUAAGGAGGGCUUGAACAACGCUGCAAACACCAUCUCUGGCAAGACAAGCGAUGCCUCCAAGCAGUAA